UGGGAAAUUGGGAUUUUCACUAGAAAGAAGACCCAUUCACUCGCUCCCUCACUCCAAUUGUUGGCCGGUUGGUUGAUGGUGGUGGUGGGGUGUGGGAAAUUUCUUUCUUCUUCUUCUUAUUUGAAGAAUUUUUUUUAAAAAGAAAAAAGAAAAGAAAUGUUCCAGAGAACGAUUCAGCCCCAUCAGCAGCAGGGUGGGAUAAUGGAUCAGCAGCAGGAAGAAAUGCAAAUACAAGAACAUAAUCAAGGAAUAAGAGAGCCAUGCCUUGUCUUGACCUCCGAUCCCAAACCUCGCCUCCGUUGGACUGCUGAUCUUCACAACCGCUUUGUUGAUGCCAUUUCUCAGCUCGGUGGUCCCAAUAAAGCUACACCAAAGGCCAUAAUGCGGACAAUGAACGUUAAGGGGCUUACACUUUUCCAUUUAAAGAGUCACCUCCAGAAAUACAGACUGGGUAAGCAAUCAGGGAAAGAUAUGGGUGAAGCAUCCAAAGACGGACUGUCUGGCUCAUACCUGUUAGAAAGCCCUGGCGCCGGUAGUUCAUCACCAAAUAUUGUAACUUCUGACAUGAAUGAAGGUUAUGAAGUCAAGGAGGCAUUAAGAGUACAAAUGGAAGUACAAAGUAAAUUAUAUCUGCAAGUUGAGGCCGAGAAGCAUUUGCAAAUUCGCCAGGAUGCAGAAAAGAGAUACUUGGCCAUGCUUGAGAGGGCUUGUAAAAUGCUUGCCGAUCAAUUUCUUGGAGGCACAGUUAUUGACUCAGACAUCCAGAAGGAUUCAGGGAGUAAGAAGAAAAGAAGUGCUUCCGUUGAUCCACUUGGCUUUCACUCCUUGCAAACCGAAGCGGAGGCUGAGGCGCGCGGCCUAGAGGAAGUACCAUCUAGCCUGCAUCAACAAGGGGCUGAUUGUUCCACUGAAAGCUGCCUGACUUCAAACGAGAGUCCUGGGGGACUGAAUCUGGAAGGAUCCCCAGCUGGAGGGAAGAAACAAAUGCCGAGCUUGGACUCAACCCUGAAUUGGGAGGAAGCAAAGAUGAGAACCUCAGAGGUUAACAUGGUCCAAGUUAAUAGCCAUGGAAUGAGUGGGUAUGGUAUAUGGAGCCAUAUGUAUCAGCUGAAGAGUGUUCCUAGUUCAAGUUUGGUCCAUAAAAGUUCUUUAGUUCAUGGUCAGCAUUUAGAUUGUGGUGCUAGUAGAAUGGACGCCAUCAAUGGAGAGAAUAGUCUCAACAAUAACCCUAGUCUUGCAUCAAAGCAACGAUUGCGUUGGACGCAUGAGCUUCAUGAACGCUUUGUUGAUGCUGUGGCACAACUUGGUGGGCCAGAUCGGGCUACGCCAAAGGGUGUUCUCAGGGUUAUGGGUGUACAAGGUUUAACAAUAUACCAUGUUAAAAGCCAUUUACAGAAAUAUCGACUUGCAAAAUAUCUACCUGACUCUUCAUCUGAUGGGAAAAAAGCUGACAAGAAAGAAACUGGCGAUAUGCUCUCCAAUUUGGAUGGUUCAUCUGGGAUGCAAAUUACAGAAGCACUUAAGCUGCAGAUGGAAGUGCAGAAGCGACUACAUGAGCAAUUGGAGGUGCAGAGACAGCUACAACUACGCAUUGAAGCCCAAGGGAAGUACUUGAAGAAGAUAAUAGAGGAGCAACAGCGUCUCAGUGGUGUCCUUGGGGAGGUGCCUGGUGCAGUGGCUGCAGCCCCAGUGUCAGGUGAUAAUUGCCCAGAAUCUGACAACAAGACUGACCCAGCAACCCCGGCUCCAACUUCGGAGUCACCCAUUCAAGACAAGGCUGCCAAGGAGCGUGCACCAGCCAAAAGCCUUUCUAUUGAUGAAUCCUUCUCAUCCCGCCAUGAACCAUUGACUCCAGAUUCACGUUGUAAUGUUGGUUCCCCAGCUGAGAGCCCUAAAGGUGAGAGGUCAAUGAAAAAGCAACGAGUGUGCAUGGGCACAUCAUAUGGUAAAUCAGAGAUGGUCCUUACACAUCAGAUAUUAGAGUCGAGCUUAAACUCCUAUCCGCAGCCACAUUCUCUCUUCCUGAGCAGAGAGCAAUUUGAUCCGUCAUCUGGAUUAUCAACUGGAAAUGAUGAUCACAUAGAGAAGGUUCCAGGCAGUGACCCAUAGUUUUGCUUGCGAAAUGAGAUCUGCCCUUGAUGACUAUUUUCAUUCUGCUUUGCCUAUGUAAUUUCUAUGAAUAUGUUCUCAAGCAGGCUAAACCCAUUAAUGUUAGAUAUCUCAGAUAAGUAGGUCGAAGGAAAGUUGUUCAUUUACACUGAUUUCCUUUUAGACUGUUUAUAGAUGCUUGAGGUCGUUCAUCUGAAAAUAGACAUGCAUUGUGAAAGUGGAUGGGCUAUUUGGUUGGAAUGUCAUGUCUGUUCAAGAGACCUCUCAUGCUUUGCAUCUGAUGGAUUACUACUGUGAGAAACACAAGAUUGCUAUCAGAACUGGAACUGGAACUGGAACUUGGAAUCCAA